AUGCAUUUGUUUGACUUGCUAUUGAUGCUGUUGUUUUUGUUUUUUUCUCAACGAUGCCUGAUGUAUACUCCUAUUAUUAUUAUUAUUUUUUUUUUUUUUUCAGGGGAAAUGUACUGUCGCGUUAUGAUUCUGCGCAUGGCGGCAUCGUCAUCGUCUUCUACUGAUGCGAGCAGUAAAUAUACCCGGUCCAAGUCACCGUACGAAGUGCUCGGCGUGACGGCAAGCGUGUCAUUCGAUGAGAUCAAGGCUCGUUAUCAUGAGCUCACGCGCUACUACCAUCCGGACAUGCCGCACGGAGACCCGGCGAGGUUUCGCGAGAUCAACGCCGCCUACCGCGUGUUGCGCGCCGCGGAGCGAGAAAAAAAGUCUGAAAAGAUUGACCCUGGGUCGUUCCGGGCGGAGCGCAGUCACAAGAAUGGCGACUAUCAGACUGAUGGCCAUGCACGAUAUCAGGAUUGCCGGUACGGUCCCGCUGAGAGGCCACAGCGUCACGGUUUGCUGCGGGAGAUAUUUUGGCUUUACGAAUGCUACGAGUUGGCAAUUGUGGUUGGCGCGGCAGUGGCCGUCCUUAUCAUUGCCACGGAAAGAUAUCUGCUUGUGCGGCGCAUGACACUUGAGAAGCGUGCGCGGAUACGGGCCAUGGACGAGGGACUGCCACCAAGUAUGCCGCUGGUUUUGGAAGACGGAAUGCUUCAGAAGUACAACGUGCGGGUGCCGAAGGAAGAAAUUGAAAUUGACAACGCCAUGGUGAAGGAGGAGGCGUAUCACCGGCGUGCCACCCAGCGUCGCUUCGAAGACUUCCGUGAGUUUCUUUUUGUGUAUGACCCUGAUGGGGUGACCUCUCGCAGGGUCACAACCAAGCGCUUCAGCAUUCAGUAUAUUGACGAGGCCCUCAUCCCAGCUCGAUGCUCGCACGUCUGGGAGUUCAACUCGGAGAUGAAAAAUAAGCAGUAUGACAGCAUCGUGAGCGGGGUUGUAGAAGCCCUUGCCGCGACCUCUUGGGCAACACCCGACGUCCAAUACAUCGCUCCUCUUAUGGCGAGGGGGCUUGCAACGAUUCCCAUGAAUUCCCCUGAAACGGCCAAGUGGACUUUUGUCGAGUACAAAGACAUCGACAAAAAAGGAGAGCCCGCUUGUGUGUUGGCACUCAAGAACAAUCGCUUUGGACGCCUUGGCAUGUGUCAACGUGUGACCGUCACAGGAAGUAACAGUCUCAGCCCACGGUUGGUUAUAAAGCAGGAGGCGGAUCUGAAAAGUGGAACACUUAGUGCAAAAAGCCUAGUGCGCGGAGGAGCGUUGCCUGUGAAGGAUCUGUCAAUCCCACUUGAACAAAUGAAAUUAUAG